CUCUUUCUUAUUCGCUAAGGAAAAAAAAAACAAAAAAAGGACAAGUGUCAUUAAUUUCUGGGACCCUUCCUUCUCUUAUCGUCUCCCUUUGUUUGAUAAAAAACUUCAAUUUUCCCGAUCGAUUCAACCACCACCACACCAAAGACGAGAGCUCGCUCUAGUCUCCUUGGGUUGCCGUGUAUAAUCGAUCGUUCCUCCUUUCGUUGAAUUUUUUUCUCGAUUUUUGGUUUGAUCAAAGAAUGGGGCAACAGCAAUCGAAAGGGGAAUUGCUGUUUCAGCAAGUGAGCUACGGUAACGCUGAAGGGAUUCGAUCUCUCCGUCGCGAAGGAGCUGACCUCGAGUGGAUGGAUAGAGAAGGCAAAACGCCUUUGAUAAUGGCUUGCAUGAACUCGGAGCUUUACGAUGUGGCCAAGACUUUGAUCGAGUUGGGUGCUAAUGUCAAUGCUUAUCGUCCUGCUCGCCAUGCAGGGACUCCUCUGCACCAUGCUGCUAAAAGAGGUCUUGAGAACACUGUUAAGCUACUUCUUUCACACGGUGCAAACCCACUUGUUCUUAAUGAUGAUUGCCAAACACCACUUGAGGUCGCUAGAGUCAAAGGGUUCAGUAAUGUUGUUCGUGCAAUUGAGAGUCACAUCUGCUUGUUCUCUGGUUGGAUGCGUGAAUUUUACGGACCUGCCAUUCUUGAUUUAUUUGCUCCUCAGCUUCUUUCAAGAAGAGUAUGGGUAGUCAUCGUACCAACUGGUUCAAGAAACCCUGCAAAGCCUUUCAAGUUGGAGCUGGUUGUGUAUGCUAGUCUGCAGGAUGCACAGCCACGCACAGUGAUGCCCUUGUGGAAAGCAAAUUUGGAGGAACCAAAAGGGAAGCAGUCUGAUACUUCAGUGAUGAUUGUCGAUAACUCCACAAUCCCAAGCCGCAGGAGGCAAAGACGAAGGGCCUGCGCCUCCCAUGGGAGACGUAGGCCUCAAGUAGUUAGGCAAACACGUCUUAAACUGGCGCCCUCGAUUGAAGGUGACGGACAACAGCUUAAGUGGUUUUGUGAUGCAUGUAAAGGGAUUCCCCAGCCAGCGCAUCCCCCAGUCUUUCUCCAAACUGCACCUUCUGCGCCACCACUUCAUCCUGCUAUGAGUGACACACCAGAUAUCAAUCACCAUUCCAUAGGUGAAGCAAGCUCAUCAUCUGCACCUCUUCCUCCUACUCCUCCUCCCUCAGGAAAAGCAAGCACAUCUGGUUUCAAUAGCCAUGAAAGCGUCACUGUCCAUGAACCUUCGCCAUCAGCUCCUCCAUUGGCAGAUGAGGAUAUGGAAACCGUAGAGGAAGGUCCUAUUCAUUACCCAACAAUCGAUUCAACACCUGUCGAUGUCCCAUCUCCUUCUUCCCUUCCAGCUUCAACAGAUGGUGAAAAGAAAGAUGACGGAAGCUCUGGACAGUGUUCGAUAUGUCUUGACGCUCCAUCUGAAGCUGUUUGUGUACCGUGUGGACAUGUCGCGGGAUGCAUGUCUUGCUUGACCGAGAUCAAAGCCAAGAAAUGGGGAUGUCCGGUUUGUCGUGCCAAGAUCGAUCAGAUCAUUAAACUUUACCGUGUCUGAAAUAGACAGGUACUACUACUUACUCCAUGGGGAGUAUAUCUCUCCUUCAUUGUGCUGUGAGAUUAAAGUUUUUCAACCAUUGAAACUAUCUCUAUGUUACGCUUGUGUUUUUAAAAAGUACGUUUAUACUUGGAAUUCCAACACAAUACGUAUGUUUUGUAUAUAUAUAUAUGGUUUUGGACGAAAGGAAGAAGAAUGUUAAAAAGUAUUCAUACAAUAUUAGUGUAUUUUCAAUUUAUAGUUUA